AUGCCACUCAUCAUAGUAACCGGGUUCCCCACAUCCGGCAAGACAACGCGCGCGAAACAGCUGCACACCUACCUAACAGAACGCAUCCAGACGGCACCGCCCAGCGGCAGCGCGCCCAAGUACCGCCUGCACCUGAUAUCAGACCAAACGCUCUCAAUCUCGCGGUCCGUGUACGACCUGUCGGCGCUGCCGGCGCACACGCGGUCUGCCAACGCCUCGGAGAAGGACGCGCGCGCCAGCCUGUACGGCGCCGUCAAGCGCGCGCUCAGCGACCGCGACAUCGUCAUUCUCGACGGCCUGAACUACAUCAAGGGAUGGCGGUACCAGCUCUUCUGCGAGGCCAAGGCCGUGCGCACGCCCAGCUGCGUGCUGCAGGUCGGGUGCUCGCGGGAGCGGUCGCGCCUGCUCAACGAGGCGCGGCUGGCGAGGGAGGCUGCUGUCGAGGGCGCGGGGGAGGCGCGCAGGGAAGGGAAUGAUGUCGAUGGGGACGGCGAUGGUGGCAACGAGGAGGGAGCGUACGAGCCUGCGAACUGGGAGAACUUGGUGUUCCGGUACGAAGAGCCGAAUGCAAUGACGCGGUGGGAUAGCCCGCUGUUCACGCUCAUAUGGGAGGACGGCGAGGAGCAGGCCAAGCAAGUUUUUGAUAGCCUGUGGGAUGCGAUCGCAGGCGACACGAGGAAGGUCGUCAAGCCCAAUCAGGCGACGGUGCAGAGGGGCCGAGAUGCGGGCGGGGAUUACCUGUAUGUCCUCGACCGCGAAACCCAGGAGAUUGUCAAGCGCAUACUAGACCAGCAAGGAGACGAAGGCGGCAACGAUGUCAAGAUCCCGCAAUCUGGCGCGAAUGGUAACGAGGAACUGGUGGUGGAGCUCCCGGCUGGGAAGAAAAUCGGCCUGCCUCAGCUACAACGGCUACGGAGAGCCUUCAUGGGACUGAAUCGAGGCGGCAUUGGCCUCGAGAACGUUGGGAACCUAGGCCCCGGGAGGAUACGGAAAAGCUUCGUGGGCUAUCUUAAUGAUGCAUUUGAGAACUAUGGCUGA